UCUUCUGUUUCUCUCAUUUUUCUUUUCAUUCAAUCAUAACAAUCAAUACCCAUAUAUUUUUGUUCACAGAAAAAAUCCGAGUCCGUUCAGUAUAUUUUCUGUCUAAAAGUUCUGUUCCAAGUUUCUCUCGAAUACUCUCUGGGCAUGAUCAGAAACAGGGUCUCAACAAUUAUAUAAGAAGAUCAGGGUUUCAGCAAUGCAGGAUGAUUUUGGUUCUGUUGGGCGCUCUCUGGUAUUUAGGAAAUCUGAAGCCAACAAUGUGGGAUUCGGAUCGAGUUUGAGGCGCUCUGAUAUGUAUAAAAUGACAAAGGAAAACGACCCCCCUACUAUUAGGUGGAGGAAGGGUGAGAUUAUUGGCUGUGGGGCUUAUGGCAGGGUAUAUAUGGGCAUGAAUCUUGACUCAGGCGAGCUCUUGGCAGUCAAACAGGUGCUGAUUGCAUCCAAUAAUGGAUCAAAGGAGAAAGCUCAGGCCCAUAUCAGAGAGCUUGAGGAGGAGGUUAAAUUGCUUCGCAACCUAUCCCACAGAAACAUUGUGCGAUAUCUUGGAACUGCUAGAGAAGAGCAGGCUUUGAAUAUCCUUUUGGAGUUUGUUCCUGGUGGAUCUAUAUCUUCUCUACUUGGCAAGUUUGGGUCUUUCACAGAGCCGGUCAUUAGAAUGUACACAAAACAGCUACUUCAGGGUCUGGAAUACCUUCAUAAGAAUGGUAUCAUGCACAGGGAUAUCAAGGGUGCAAAUAUUCUUGUUGACAACAAGGGUUGCAUUAAGUUAGCAGACUUUGGUGCAUCUAAGCAAGUAGUUGAGCUGGCAACAGUCACUGGAGCAAAGUCAAUGAAAGGCACACCAUAUUGGAUGGCACCUGAAGUCAUUCGUCAAACUGGGCAUGGCCUGUCUGCUGAUAUUUGGAGCGUGGGUUGUACUGUAAUUGAAAUGGCAACAGGAAAACCUCCGUGGAGCCAACAAUUUCAAGAGGUGGCAGCAUUAUUUCACAUCGGGACAACAAAGUCACAUCCACCAAUUCCUGACCAUCUCUCAGCAGAGGGAAAGGAUUUUCUGCUGAAAUGUUUGAAGAAAGAACCAGAUUUGAGACCAACUGCAACUGAACUGCUCCAGCAUCCUUUCGUUGUUGGGGGUUAUAAAGAACCACAUCCUCUUGUUAGGUCCUCUACUGUUAAGGACUACCGAGAUCCACAUCCUCUUGCUAGGUCCUCUGCUCGUGGUCAUGGCCAAGAUCCCCUGCCUCUUGUUAGGUACUCUGCUGUUGGAACUUACCAAGAUCCACAUCCUUUUGUGAGAGCUUCUGCUCUGGAACGUUCAGUGAAUUUUUUACGUCAGUCAACUGCUUUCAUCAGGAACUCCCUUGAUAUCAACAGUAUUCUGAGUACAGCUAAAAGCAUGCAAGAUAUGCCAAAUCUUGGGAGUGUAAGGAGUUCACUUGGAAGGGCAUUUUCAAUACGACAGUCAACUGCAAAAGAUGUACGAGAUUCACAUUUGAAAAGUGAAAUGUCUAAUAACUACCAUCAGGAGGAGGAUAUCGAUUGUUCAGUGCGGCUUGACUCUAUUGGACCUGAUUUCUUUAGAAAGAGUUUUAAUCCUAUGUCAGAGCCAUCAGGCAUUGAAGAUGAAUGGGGGUGCAAAUUGAAGGAAAGUAAGGCUGUGAGGGCCUCACAGAGAUUUGGUUAUGACAUGCGUAAAUCAUCUAUUGCACGUGAGAAUUCUGAAACAGAUGGAAAUGGUUUCAGUUUUCAAUGUGGACGUCCGCUAUAUGAUGAUGAUGAGGAGGUUACAGAAUCAAAAAUAAGAACAUUCCUGGAUGAGAAGGCAUUAGAAUUAAAAAAGCUGCAAACACCACUUUAUGAAGAGUUCUACAACACCAUGAAUGCAACUCAAGAUCAAGAAAAUGACAUUGAUGAUAGUGAUGGUACACCAGCACGAAUAAUUUGCAACUCACCUAGUAAAGGUUCCAAUGGUGCUUCACCUGACAGGAGCAACCGCAACAGCGAUGUAAGCAUAAGUUCAUAUAGUCCUGCAAGAGCUGCUUCUGGCACCAAUGUCAAUCCACUGAAAGAAGUUUCCUCACCACGGCUAAAUGAAUGGAGAGGUCUUAACCAAGAAACACAUCAAGGACCAACCAGCCCAAGUUUCAUCUUCUCGGAACGCCAACGGAUCUGGAAGGAAGAGCUUGAUCAGGAACUCGAGCGAAAACGAGAGGAAAUGAAGCGGCGUUUAGCUGGCAAGACAUCUUCACCAAAGGAUAAAUUGAUGCAACGACAUAGAGAUCGUUCAGCUUGUCCUACUCCCCCUAAAUGAGUUUGUACAGGAUCCAAAAUGUUCUUUGAUGAUGAAUCAGGUGAAAAUAUGUGCAAUUACUCAGUAGUCUUUCUGAGCAUUUGCCCCUUGCCUGCUGCUUACCAUGGAUUUGUACAUUGUUAACUAUCAACCAUGUGCAUCACAGAAGAGUGUAUAAAUUUCUGUCAUAGUCAUCCAUAGAGCACGAGGAGCAUGUAUUGGUAAGCUACCUGCAUCUUGGUAAAGAUUUUAGAUCAGAGGAGAAUCAGCAAAUGGGGGCUAUGAGGUAGGUAGGAGAAGCAUGCAUUGAUCAAAGGACAAAUUAACAUGGUCAUUCUGUAUAAAUGCAGAAUCUGAUAGUGGGACUUUGUUGUUUUUGGUCAAGUUAUCCCUGGCAAGAAUAAACAAGAAGCACACUUCUCAGAAAAGUUGGGGAGAUCAGGGACAAGUUGUGCUAUAUAGUAGAAUUAUCCCCCUUUGGCAAGCUGCAGCAUUAGUUUGUAUGAUACAAUAUAAAUUUUCAAAUGUAUUGUAUAUGAUUUUGAACUAUAGUUGGUCACCGUCAGCCUGGAAUAUCUAACUUUAAUGGGCUAAGUCUAUUAUAAUUCAUAUAAACCAGAGCUUGGUCAAUCUUUUGUAGAGCUGCCUCGCUUCAUUGCUCGGAGAGAAGUGGUAACUUCUGAGAGGUGAUAGGACAAUGGAUAAAAGUUUAUUACAAAGUCAUUUGUGUUCAAGACAUUAGAGGACUCCUCAUUAUUAUCGGAGGCACUUGAUUGUGGUAUUUAACUAGCAAAUAAAAAUGGCAGCUAGUUGAGCAGGUUAUUUAGGAUGGUAUAUUGUUAGAUGUGUUAUUUGCAUAUUUUUGCAAACAUGAGAACUUCUAUAUUCGUUUUUUUGCAAGGGCAUGACCCCAUUUUGGAGGGGCUCUCUCCAUACGCUGCAUUUGUGCAAUAUUUUUAUGCUUCAUGAGCAUCAAUAUAUAGUGUUUUUUAUCCC